AUGGUUUUUCAAGACAAAAAAACGCAAACAGAUCAGUUCCUUGUUUCGUCUCGUGAAUUCUCUGGUCUGAAACUCAAACAUGUUCUGAAGUUUCUCUCUUCUUUACUGCUCCCACUCGCAUUAGGCGUCUUCACUCUUAUAAUCUCUCUUCAGCAACAGCAACUAGCUAAACAACAACGUGAAGAAGAUCGAAAUGCAUCCAAACAACAACGAAUUGAAGAUCGAGAAGCAACUGAACGAUUGCGUGAGCAAGACCGAAAUUUAUCCCAACAACAACGCAUCGAAGAUAGAAUUGCAGCCGAACAGUUGCGUGAACAAGAUCGAAAUUCAUCGCAACAACAACGCAUCGAAGAUAGAAUUGCAGCCGAACAACUGCGUCAACUAGAAAGAACCUUGACUAAUGAACGGUACCAAAAAGAAGUUCUCGAUACUUACAUUAAAGAGAUCGGGAAACUGCUAGAGAAGAACCAUGGAUCACUAAUUUCUAAUGAAGUUGCGGCUACACUCGCUCGAGCUAAAACGCUGAAUAUCUUUCGUAAAUUAGAUUCACAGUACAAUGUUCACAUUAUUCGAUUUCUCUACGAAGCCAAGCAACUUACUGAAUUACACGAGCAUCCUUCAUUGGAUCUUUCUACAGCCGAGCUUCAUGAUAUGGAUUUUCGUGACUCAGCAAUCAAUAAAAGGAUAUUGAAAAGAUUAUCAAUGACUAGUAUCUUUCUAACGAAUGCCACCUUCAUAGGGAUUGAGAUGGAGCACGUCAACUUUGCCGACACUCAGUUUGAUACAGUUAACUUUUCAUCAGCGAAACUUCGACACGUCAACUUUUCACAUGCUAGAUUCGAUCAUGCGAACUUUUCAUUUACUUCUCUAAUGAAUACUACAUUUUCAUUAAGUCAAUUGAAAAAUAUCAAUUUUUCAUCUACCCGACAUGAGGAUGUCGAUUUUAGGUUCGCGGCACUUGAAAAUAUUGAUUUUUCAUCGUCUCAACUGAAAAAUGAUCUUUCUUAUACACAAAAUCUAUUUUUGGGUUGCGCUUUAGCUUCAGCCGACUUUUCUGUCACGAGAGCAUCUGAUACAGAUUUUCAGCAAGUAUAUUGUGUUGCAGCUCGUUUCAAUAAAACUGAUUUAUCUUCUUCCUGCUUUCGGCAGUCAAAUGUAAAGCGUGCUUUGUUCAUAGACGCUGACCUGACCGACGUUAGUUUUCUUGAUGCCAAUCUGUACAAAGCUAACUUCUCUGAAACUACGGUUACAGAUGAACAGCUUCGAAGUGCUCUCUCUAUUCAAAACGCUGUACUACGUAAUGGGACGCUUGUUCAUGACACAAAUCUGAUUAACAAUGGCCAAGCUGAUUGCAAUAUUCCUCUUGUCAAUCACUGGACAUUGCUGACUGGCAAUAUCAUUACGAUGAAAUCAGAUAAUAAUACGAGUAACUGUCGCUUCGUUUUACAAGCACUGAAUACAAGUGCAAGCAUGUUCCAACGUCUCAAUUUAUCAAAGAGGUGGAAUUCGACUUCUUGGUCAUAUACUCAAGUUGUAUUCAGUGCUCAAAUGAGUCCCAAUGUAAGCAUAGAGCUGAGAGGAAUCAAUGUUAAUGACUCAGUUGUUGCUCGACAAGCGUUAAGUAAGUUUCCGUUUAUAUUAGUCCUAAUUGCGAUACCUCUUCCGUUUACAGGCUUCAACAAAGAGAAUGUCACUAUGAUCUUACGCAAAGAUAUGCGUGAGCUUGAAAUUUUCAUUGAAUUUACUGUACCAGUCAAUCAAAGCACUACAAGUUACUGGUGUGAUGACAUCAGACUAUUCAUUGUUUAUGAUGCAUACGGAGAAUUUCAACAAGUUGUCCCUGAUAUUUCAUUGAACGCACAGUGGGCAAAUAAUGGUGUGACUGUUGCUGGAGGCAAUGGUUCGGGUAAUACCAUCAAUCAAAUAUCCAGCCCUCACGGUUUCUUUAUUGAUGAUGAUCAAACAAUGGUCAUCGCUGACUUUAGAAACCAUCGUAUCGUCCAAUGGAAAAUGAACGAUACGAAUGGACAAGUAGUAGCUGGUGGCCAUGGUAGAGGGAACCUCCUGCAUCAAUUGAAUCAGCCAACUGAUGUAUUAAUUGAGAAAGAGACGGAUAGUCUCAUUAUUUGCGAUAUGUGGAAUCUACGGGUCUUACAAUGGUCUCGUCGGCAUGGUACUACUCACGGAGAAAUUCUUGUUGACAACAUCAACUGUUGGGGAUUGGCCAUGGACAAUCAGAAAUGUCUCUACAUUUCUGACACCGAAAAUGAUGAAGUCAGACGAUAUCAAAUGGGAGACAAUAACGGUACUGUCGUGGCUGGUGGUCAUGAAAAGGGUGAUGGUCUCAAUCAACUCGACUUUCCUACAUAUAUCUUUGUCGAUAGACAACAUUCGGUCUACGUGUCAGACUAUGUAAACCAUCGUGUAAUGAAAUGGAAUAAAGGUGCAGCAGAAGGAAUUACCGUCGCUGGUGGUCAAGGUCAAGGAAGUGCUCUGACACAAUUGUCGUAUCCUAACGGAUUGUUCGUCGACACGUUGAAUAGUCUUUACGUAGCAGAUCGGGAAAAUAAUCGAGUGAUGCGUUGGUCUCAAGGAGCAAAACAGGGUAGUGUGAUGGUAGGUGGAAAUGGCAGAGGGGAAGGAGUAAACCAGUUUCACUAUCUCGAAGGACUGUCUUUCGAUCGUUAUGGAAAUCUCUAUGUCGUCGAUCAUGGGAAUCAUCGCGUUCAAUGUUUUUCAAUCCAAUAG